CCGAAAGAGCUCAAGAGUCGAACUCAAGGCGAUGGGUCAAGUUCAAAGCGACGUCGCAUCAGAAGCAUCGAAUGAACACGUUCCAGGCGGUGAUCGGAUUUUGUCAUCUUCUUCUGCAAAACCAACAUCUUCUUCUUCUUCUUCUUCUUCUUCCAUGGAAUCUCUUAUUGCCGAAGCUGCAGCAUAUGGCAAUGAUGGCGAGGAGUCUCUUGAAGCCAAGGCUCAGAAAGCUUUGGAAUGCCCUUGCAUAGCUCAUUUGCGAAGCGGCUCUUGUGGGGUUCAGUUUUCAGAGGCAUUCCUUUGUUUUCUCAAGAGUACUGCCGAAGAAAAGGGCUCGGACUGUGUGCAUCCAUUUGUGGCUCUGCAGAACUGUAUCAAAGCUAAUCCAGAUGCCUUCUCGAAGGACAUUUUAGAGGACGACGAAGUCAAGAAAGAGGAACAACCUACACAAGAGUACAAAAUCUACCCACCCGAAUGGUCCAAAGAACCUCGAAGUCCCAAAUCAAAACUCUAGGUGGAAAAAAAAACACAUUGUUUUUUUUCUUCCUUGUUAGUCAUCCACACUUGAUUUCUCUUCCUUGUUUUUUUCUCUUUCUUAUAAUUCUAACACAGGAAGCAGAAACCACCGUAUUAUUUUGAUGAAUAAACUGUAGUUUUUUGCAUAGGUUGGAGUUCAUAUUUGUUAGAAAACUGCUCCAACCGUAUUUUAUUUUGUAAUCUCAAUGGAAUAAUCAGAAGGUAGUUCUCCUGAAGGAGAUUUUUCUGUGGCA